CCUAGACCAGGCAGCGCACGCAUAUAUCCAUAACCAAUCCAGUUAGUGAGAUGAAGCUCUUCGUUUGUAUUGUUGUUGCCGUGCUGGCGCUCGGUGCGCCCGCCCAGGCCUUCCUGGGCGCCAAGUUGGCUUUGCUGAAGGCCAUUAGCGGCGGCGGCGGCGGCGGUGGCGGUGGUGGCUACGGCGGUGGCGGCUAUGGCAGCGGCGGCUACUCCGGCGGAUACAACCAGGGCUAUUACACGCAGUCCAGCCGUCCAGUCUAUAACUAUGGCGGCGGUGGCUACAGCAGCGGUGGCGGCUAUGGCGGCGGUUAUGGCGGUGGAUAUGGCGGCGGCUAUGGCGGCGGCUAUGGCGGCGGCGAGCAAGUCAUCAAGGUCAUCAAAGUGAUUGAGCAACCUCAGAGCUAUGCUCGUUCGAGUGGCGGCUAUGGCGGUGGCGGCUAUGGCGGUGGCGGCUAUGGUGGUGGCGGCUAUGGUGGUGGCGGCUAUGGUGCCAACUACGGCAGCAGCAGCAGCAGCAGCAGCAGCAGCUAUGCUUCCUCGAGCAGCUACGCAAGCGCCGCUCCAGCCAUUCAGACCAGCGCUGUGGCUCAGGCUGUGCCAGCCAUUACUUACUCCGCUCCCGCACCGGCGCCAGUGACCUACUCGGUGCCCGCGCCACAGCCCGUUCCGAUUAGCUACUCCGUGCCCGCACCGCAGCCCGUGGUGCGCGUGCAAGCAGCGCCAGUGUCAUAUCCAGUGCCCGCACCACAGCCGGUGGUCAACGUGCAGCCAGCACCAGUGUCCUAUCCCGUGGCCUUGCCCGCACCACAGCCCGUGUCGCAACAGUACGUGAAGACCAUCAAGGUCAUUGUCGACGAUGCCAACAGCGGCGUCAACCACGUGCCCAGUCCAGUCUAUGGCCCGCCCGCGGGCAUUGGCGGAGGCUGGGGCAAUGGUGGCGGCAGCUACAGCGGCGGCGGCGGCGGCUGGAGCAAUGGCGGCGGCAGCUACAACAGCGGCGGCUGGAAGAGCGGCGGCAUCUGGGAGAAACUGGCGGCUGGCUGCUAAGCUCAGCGCUCAGCAACCCUCUCACUCCUUCGUGCCCCUCCUCCAGAGCGAACCCUCCCACACGAGCUUGCUAAACUAACUGCCCACGAUCUAUAUCUACUCAACUGCUUACAAUUAUUAUUUUUUUUUUGAUUAGUUUUAAAAACAUUAUCGAAUAAAUUUUCUCCCAAAUUGUUUGUCUUGCUCUAUUCGCGCUGUUCGAUUAUCGAUCUUGAGUCUGCUUCCGAGAAUAAAAGUCAGCUCAUUGUGUAAUAUCCUCAAUGAGUGCUUCCCAAAUAGCCGUAAAUUAUUUUGACCUUAUAUGGUUAUAUAAUCGAGAACUUGAAUAGUCGCCGUUGUAUUUUAAUUUGUUGUUUAUUUUUAUUUUUUCUGUUUUUUUUUUUGGAGUUUUUAGUUUGGGAUUUUGGGCCGGGCUCGAGGUGUUCUACAUAAGCAUAGAUACGGCCGCCGACAAUUUAUCACCUAACUGCUAAAUGUGAUCCAGCGCUGAUGCUAACCAAUCGCUGACACUGACACUGACGCUGACGUGGAGUUUAGUGGGACAGCUGCGCGCUGUUCCAAGUGCCAUUUCGACACAGAUCAUGGCAAGUAUUUGGCCAUAAGCUAAAUUUGUAACAUUACGAGGUCAACGGCAUCCAAGAGAA